AAUCCAUUGCAGUGGCGUAACGCAUAAUUAUGUAACUAUCAGAUGGGUAAAACGGUAGUUUCCUUUUAUUUUACACUCACACACAUAGAUCACUCAGUAGUACACAUACAGACCACCAAUCACCUCUCUGCGCAAGCCGCCUCAUAACUCAGCUCUCAGUCUCAGACUCAUCACCACUAGAGAGCUGAAAAAGGUGUGGCCUUUUGAGAAAAUAGCUUCAACCCUUUAAAGAUAGACUCAGGGAGCUAAAUAAAGAAACAAACCUUAUAGAUACAGAUAGAUAGGGAACCCCCCAACUUAAUGUGCACGCCAAUAUACAGAGAAGAAAGCAACAGUUUUAACUCUGCAAAUGGCAACUUAGGGUUUUCGAAAUUCGCAUUCUUAUCUUUGCUUCACUGAGUUCCAUACUGCCAUAGAUUCCAUAUCAGAGCUUCCCUUCUACACUCACCGGAGGGAAAAAAUAAGAAUAAAGAACUUUUCUAAUUCAGUGCUGCAGAUAUGUUGGAGUACGAAUGGGGAAACCCAUCCACGAUGAUUCUCUCUGGAGACGAACCCACUCAAGACCCAGACCAGAAUCGCCAGAUUUUCGAUCAUUAUACUGCCCAAUCCUUCAACGAUAAUCUGGUUCCUCAACCCACCACAACCUUGUUUCACCAACCAACAACACAUCAAGUCAAUUCCCUUUAUGACCCACGCGGCUACGCCGGUCCCUCCUCUUAUACACCUUCCCAUCACUCCCUUCUCUCCCUUGACCCCAUCACUAACCCAGCUGCUGCCGGUCCGUCAUAUUUCCUUGUUCCAAAGACUGAAGAGGUUUCUCGACCGGCAGAUUAUACGGCGAGGAUCGGGCUUAAUUUGGGUGGUCGGACCUAUUUCUCUUCCGCGGAGGAUGAUUUUGUGAACCGCCUCUAUCGCCGGUCUAGACCUGUAGAACCAGGUUCGACAAGCGCACCCAGGUGUCAAGCCGAAGGGUGCAAUGCCGAUCUCACCCACGCCAAGCACUACCACAGACGCCAUAAGGUGUGUGAGUUUCACUCGAAAGCGUCUACGGUCAUCGCCGCCGGGUUGACUCAGCGAUUCUGCCAGCAGUGUAGCAGAUUUCAUCUUCUCUCAGAAUUCGAUAACGGGAAGCGUAGUUGCAGAAAGAGACUGGCUGAUCAUAAUCGUCGCCGGAGAAAAUCACACCAGAUAAAUCAAGAAACUCACAAGUCGUCGCAACAAGAAAGUGGCCGGAAUUCAUCAUCUGAGAAUCCAACAAGGUCUCCGCCGGAUUCCGGAGUUAAUAAUUCGUCGUCGGUGACAGUGGCAGUAUCGCCGCCUCGAAUGUUCUUGGAUUGUUUCAAGCAAAGACCAUAUCAGGCAACUGCAUCUUCUUCUUCUGCAUCAUCAAGCUCACUGUUUUUCUCAAGUGGGUAGUGCCACUGAAAAUGGAGGAACUCAUUUAGUAGUAACAAUUGUCUUCUUCUUUUUAUCAAUUAAUUUCAAUGUUCAUCUUUCAAGAUUGGUGUUAUUUCAUAACAUCAAAUGAAAUGUAGUAUCAAGGAUCAACUAA